CGAUAAGACCCCUCGAUUCCUCGAGGAAACCUAACGGUUAUACGCGAUUGCUUUCUUCAACGUGUCCGGUGCGGUUUUGUGAACACAUCGAGGUCGAAGGAUACGAAAAUAAAGUGUAGUGCUCCGGACGAUGCCUAAGAUGCCCGGCCACUGAGGUGGUACUUUCUUUUCGAUAAGAUUUCAGCGCCUGACAGCGCGGCGGGGCGGCCCCAAUGCCGGGCAGGAAGGGCCUCCUCGCCCCACAAAACACUUUCUUAGAUACCAUCGCCACUCGUUUCGAUGGAACCCACAGCAACUUUGUGCUGGGAAAUGCGCAGGUUCCGCCGACCUAUCCGAUCGUUUACUGCUCCGACGGUUUCUGCGAGCUGACAGGAUUCGCGCGAGCGCAAAUUAUGCAGAAGGGUUGCGCUUGCAAGUUUCUACAUGGACAGAAAACGAAAGAAGAGGAGAUAGGGAUGAUCGACAAAAGCCUUGAGAGCAAGACGGAACUGAAGAUGGAGGUCGUGUUUUAUAAGAAGACCGGGGACCCGUUCCAUUGCUUGCUCGACAUUGUUCCGAUCAAAAACGAAAAGGGCGACGUCGUUCUGUUUCUGGCAUCGCACAAGGAGAUCAAGAAGGAUUUUCAGCUCUGUGAGUUGCACGACAGUGAUGCAAAUGGUAGCCUCGAUCCGGAGGCACCGCCGGCUAAUUACGGCAGAAGAAGGAGUCGCGCCGUCCUUUAUCAACUAUCAGGCCAUUACAGGCAGGAUAAUAAGCCCAAAAUUAAGUUGAACAAUAACCUUCUUCAUUCCACUGCGGCGCCUUUACCAGAGUAUAAAACGUCAGGAAUCAAAAAGCCACAAUUCAUCUUAAGCCACUACGGCUGCUUCAAGUCUUGCUGGGACUGGUUAAUACUCCUCGCAACGUUUUAUGUGGCGAUCGUCGUCCCCUUCAAUGCGAGCUUCAUUAAUAUCGAUAGGCCUACGAUGGUCAGUGACGUUGUCGUCGAAGCCCUCUUUAUAAUCGAUAUCGUCCUGAACUUUCGAACGACGUACGUGAGCAAGAAGGGCGAGGUUGUCAGCAAUAGUAAAUGCAUCGCCGUGAACUAUGUAAAAGGCUGGUUUGUUGUCGAUUUAAUCGCAGCUCUGCCGUUUGAUUUUCUUUAUGCCUCCGACGUUUAUAGCGGCGAGGAUUCGGGACAUAGUAAUAUACAUUUAGUAAAGUUAACAAGAUUACUAAGGCUAGCACGACUGCUUCAAAAGAUGGAUAGAUACGCGCAAUAUAGUGGCGUGAUUUUGACAAUGUUAAUGCUCAGUUUUAUCACGUUGGCGCAUUGGAUGGCUUGCGUGUGGUUCGUUAUCGCUGAAAAAGAAAGACUUAAAAACGACAGUGAUUGGGACCUCGGUAAGUCGAUCAUUUUUAUAACAGGUUGGAUUCACACGUUAGCGGACCGAUUAAAGAUUCCCGUGCAGAAUGUGACGCACGCGGAAAGUUACAUCACAGCAUUGUAUUUCACUUGUAGCAGCUUAACGUCAGUAGGAUUCGGCAACGUUUCGGCCAACACGUUCUCCGAAAAGUUAUUCUCCAUUUGCGCGAUGCUUAUUGGCGCUCUGAUGCAUGCUGUGGUGUUCGGUAACGUGACGGCGAUUAUUCAAAGACUUUACUCUAGAAAAUCGCUGUAUCAAACAAAAUUACGGGAUCUCAAGGAUUUUUUCGUGUUGCAUCAGAUCCCCGAAGAACUGAAACAGCGAAUGCAAGACUACUUUCAGACAAUGUGGUCCCUGAACCACGGUAUCGACAUACACGAGACUCUCGAACAGUUUCCCGAGGAACUCAGGGGGGAUGUUUCGAUGCACCUACAUCGCGAGAUUUUGAGUUUACCGAUAUUCGAAGCCGCCUCCCAGGGUUGCCUAAAACUGCUUUCGCUACGCAUUAGAAAUAAUUUCUGCGCGCCCGGCGAGUACCUUAUUCACAAAGGGGACGCGCUUUCGUACAUCUAUUAUUUAUGCAACGGGUCCAUGGAAGUCGUACAGAACGACAUGGUCGUCGCUAUAUUAGGGAAAGGCGACCUGGUGGGCUCCGACAUAAAAGUUCACUUGCAACACAAUAGCAACGGAGGCGGAACAGGUGGAACAGGAGCAACGGACAUUAUAGUAAAAUCGAGCAGCGACGUUAAAGCGUUGACCUAUUGCGACUUGAAGUGCAUACAUAUGCAAGGCCUGGUCGAGGUUCUGCGACUUUACCCCGAGUAUCAGCAUGAAUUCGCGAACGACAUACAACACGACCUCACGUACAAUAUACGAGAAGGUUACGAGGCGGAGCAAGAGUCGGACAUGAACGGGCCGUCUUUGACGCUGCCGUCGAUCAGCGAGGACGACGAAAAUAUGCCCGACGAAGGCGAAACUUCGCCGUUGUCGCCCCCGAACAAAUCGCCCCUGCACACGUCCAGUCCACGUCACGCGAAGUUUAGGGAAGAAUACAGAGAGGGCAGAAGAGCGGCAAGGGGAGUUCUGGUGAGGGGCAGAACGGCUCAAGUGAUCGCGCAAGAAUCCGUGGAAGAACAUAUUCGAGGGUCCGUGGAAAGACUCGAUACGCAAUUCUCGACUCUCCAUCAAGACGUCGCUACGCUUAGUUGCGAGGUCAGAAACGCGAUUCAAGCUCUGCAAAUACUGGCGUGCUCGCCGCAAAGUAAUCCGAAUUUGCCAAUGCCCGUGAAUCGAGGGAGCGGCGUUUUAGCGAGAAGUUCGUCCCAUCCUCCGGACGCUAUAUGCUGGAAUCCACCUCCGAGGGUAUGCGACGCGUCGACGCAAACCGACUGGCCUGUAGACAUAUUCGACUCCUGGGUUCGAGCGAACGCUCAAAGGGUACUGAGGAUUCUCGAAAUAGAUCCUGAUAUUCUUUUAAGGCAACCUCGAUCCCCGACACCGUCUCCGUCUUCGCCGCCACCGCCGCCGUACGAACCCUUGUCGCCUGUCGCGGGCACGCCGCCGAAAUCGCCAUCCCCGUCGCAAGGAAAGGGUCAUUUCAUUGUCGGAAGUCAUGGAGAUCGACACAUUCCUCGUUUAUAUAGACCGACGCAUUCUACGUGGGAUCCCGAGAAUAAACACCGAUACAGUGCCGGUGACGCCGAGAACGCGUCUCUGUAUCAAGCGUUCAGUACCCUGCGUCGAUUGCCAGAAUCGCGAUCGUUAAAAUUUGAUCCAUUCGAUAAUAAAUCGAAACGGAAACAGCAACCUAUGGAAGAGAGAGAUCUAUUAAUGCAAGAUUUUGGACGACAGGCCCAUUUGCAAAUUUUAAAAAUGGAAGAAGAGGGAAAAAUGGCGAUAAAAAGUUUUGAAACUUUUGUUGACGUUACUUUAUCACGGCUUCCAAUGGAAAUACGAAACAUGACCCUUGGUGAGCUACUCAACAUCGACAUCGACGAUCAAAAAGAGAAUUGUAACAACAAUUUGUUGUCAGUUGAUAACUGUUUGUUACCACGGGUUUCGAGAAUAAAAAAAGAGAAGGAAUUCACAAAAAGGAUCACUGCUGCUUCUGAUGAUGGAUAUGUAACUGAAGGAAUAGCCACAACGCAUAUAUCAACAAAUAAAAAGGGUACUAAACUGUCUGCAAACAGAAGAACACGUAGCAGUUCAAGGAAUAGCAAAAUUAAAUUUAGUGAAAUUAAUGAGAAUAUUGUAAAGAAAACUGUAAAGAAAUCUGUUAAGGAAUCUAUGAAAUUUGAUAAAUUUAAAACCCCUGCACCUGUGAAGCCUGGGAAUAAUGAAUAUGGUCUUGUGACUCCAAAAGUCAAACCCAACACACCAUUAAAUGUAUUAAGACGUCCACGAGAAGGAGAAAUGGUUCUUAGCAUGCAAGGUAGUCCCUUAUUAGUUUCUACAGAUAUUCAGCAAAAUGUUGCCAACGUUAAUGUGCCUCUGAGUAAUGGCAAUAUAGUAUCAUUGUUACCUACAUAUGGACUACGUAUGUCACAGAUUCCUGUUACAAAUUUUAACAUGGUGCGUGUUAUUACGGUACAUAAUUUUUUGGGACAAAACAUCACUCAGAUUGAGGAGCCAACUGCAAGUUGCAUAGCAAAUGCAUCUGGCCAUGAAAUGCUUCUCUUAGCACUUUCAACACAUUGUGUUGAAGUAUGGGAAUUGAUGUUGUCAGAUAUUAAAUUACAUACUGUGUUCCCAACAGUUGAUACAAUUAAUCAAAUGGCACAUUGUGCUAAAGGUGAUUAUGUUGUAACAUUAGAAUCAAAAUAUGGUAGAGAUGCGAGCGUCAAUAAUCAGAUUGGAAAAGCAACUAGUAAUUUUGUUAGAAUUUAUGUUAAUUGGGCUAUGGUAAAAGACCAAAAUCAAUCUAUACGUGCUAGAAUAGCAGGACGUGUUACUCCAACUUUAAAUCGACGAUUGAAUAGUUUAGAAAUGAUAGAAUUGCCAUUAAUUGUACAGCCAACAUUAAUUGCAUGCUGUCAAAGUACUGGCAAUCUUCUAGUUGCUUCAGGAAAUAGUGCUAUUCUUCAUGAAUUCAAAGUUGAAACACAACAAGUAUCAAAAAUGAAAUUCAUAGAUUUUGAGGCAAGACCAUGGUCUUUAGGAUUCUCAUUUUCCCCUACACACAUGGAAAUUGUCGAAGAUUUUAUAUCAGUCAUGGAUAAAACAAAUUUAUCUGUUUUCCGACUGACUAAUUCAAUGUAUGAAGAUAUUGAUCAACUUAGUUCUCUAACUUCUACAAAUUCCUCAUCUAUUGAUAAAACAUCUAUAUCUACUGAUUCCUCGCUUGUGGAAAGUAGUAAUCACAUGGGAAAUCAAGAUAGCAACACAGUAUUGCAAGCAACAAAUUCAAAACAUAAAAAUUCUACUCAGAAUCUCCAUUUUGUCACAUCAGACAAUAACGAUACCAGUGGAAUAAACACAAAAUCUAAAAUUAGUAAACAUAAAAACUCCAAAGCAAGCGUAUGGUGCAAAUUAGAAAUGGAAGAAUUUAACAAAAUAAAGUCUAACAAUAACAAAGCGAUCAUAGAUCUAGAUCGCUUAAUGAACAACGAAAGAGAUGAAUUACAGAGAUUAAUUACUCAAGAAGUUAUUGAUGGAAAUUCUCAACCAUUAACUGUCAAUUUUCCAUCGAUAAGUUUAGAAAGAGCAGGACCCGGACAUACUUUAAGUCCUUUUGUAUUAAACCCACCGGACAUAAGAAUCAUAAUUAAAACAAAUUCUCCUGACUUAGGUUGGUCAGAAAAUUAUACAAUAAAAAAUUUAUUAUCUCUUAAAAUAGUAACAGUUAAUAAUAAUCCUAAACUGGAUGGAAAUUCUGAACUAUUCAGUUGCUUGUUACUGAAGCCAUUGUACAUGAGAAAGGAAUGUAACAGUUCUUGUUUAAAGAAGUCAAUUCUCAGAUCAGACAAAUACAGGUACUUACAAGGUGUAAGUUGUUUCCUGUGUACACUACAAGAAGGAUAUCUUUAUCAUUUCUUUGCUACUAGUACAAAUCCCACAGAUGCGACCUGUUUAACUACUUAUCCAUUUACUGCAGCUGUUAAUCAUGUAGCAUUGGAGCACACUGCUUUACACGCAUUAACUGAAGCUGGUCUCGAAUCUUACACAUUACGUUUGUCUCAUCACAUCGCGAGAACGUUGAAUAAUAUAGAUAAUGUUCAAAUAACAUGUCCUAGUGUUUCUGAACCUGUUUGCUUAAUCGGUUUACGACCAUUUCUGGGAAUACAGCAAUUAUUACAUAGCAAAAGCUAUUUAGUUCUUUUAGCUAAAGCUGAGAAUUCAUGGACAUUAUAUUCUUUAAUUUUACCUAAACUGGAGAACUUAUAUUACGACAUAUUAAACGCAGCAAGAAGUCACAAAUCUUCUAGCCCUAGCACUUACAGACAUUUAUUGGGAGAAGCUCAUGCUUUGAUACGUCUAGCGAAAGACACCGCGUGCAAUUGUUCAGACAUCAAUGAAUCCGAUGAUACUGCAAAUGAAAACAGACUGAAAUUGAAGAAUUUAUAUAACCAAUCAUGUGCAUUACUCGCAGAUUAUUAUAUCCGGUCGGAAAACGAAUCCGAUUGGGAUCGUUGUAUACCCUAUUACAAAAUGUCGGGACUGAAAUUUUCAGAAGUAUUAUCUAGAAAAUCAAGCCAAGAUGCACCGGGUCUUGUUACAUUUUUAACAGAUAUACUUCUAAAAUUGAAAAGCGGUUCAGAAGCAGAUGCUUUAUUUCAAGGAUUUAAUGUCGUAGAAAUGAUCUGUAAACUGAAGAAAGGGGACUUAUUGAAAUUGAUUUUCGGUAGCCCCGUGUUACGCGAGUAUACCACCGAGAAAUUGAUACAUCUUUUGUUGUUGUACGAAACUGACGAACUAGUUAAGUUAGCUUUAGCUCUUCUAUAUAUCCAAGCCGAAAAACAAGAACAAGCAGAAAGAAUACUUGAACCAGUCUCUGCGCAGUGUAUUAAAAGAGUAGUUAUUGAACAUUGGGACGUAUUAUUCGACAUGACGGCAAUGAGGAAGAAAAGCCCAAUGAUCCCGACAUUCUCUGAUUUCGCCGGAACAUUGAUGCGUCUAAAGAAUUCUACGUUCGCUGAUAUUUUAAUACGAAUAGUAGAAGAUGACGAAAUUCUAUCUCUUCGUCAAAUCAUCCAAGUGUUCUUGGAGUACUUACCUUCGAGAGUAGGUCGGGAUGGGCAUAACGCGGCAACGGCGUUACAAGUUUUUCUCGAGAAGUAUCUUCACAAUUACUUUAGUACAAAGUUAAUAACAGAUUCGUCUGUUAUAAAUAAAAAUCAAAUAUGCGCGGAUUUUGCUUUGGUUGAGGCGUUCAAACUACUGGUACGAUCGUAUCUAGGCAAAUUGUCUCAAACUAAAGUGUACAAAAUAGAAAAUAAAGAAAAUAUAGACGAAAAUUAUACAAAUUUCAUAUUCUCAAAGUUUAGACCCGAUUAUCUAGAUAAAAUGCCCCCAUACGCGAAAGAUUAUCAGAAGAUAUUAAAUACGAAUAAAUUAAAUGAUUUGGCCAAUAUCGACAAGAUUGGAACUGAAAAACCUAUACCCGCAGAAUUGAUCAAGUUACAAUUGUUACUGUCCUGUGAUUUUAUACCAAACGAAUGUUUGCUCGAAGUGAAGCAAUUUCUUGAGACGCAAGAAAUUGAUGGCAGCUUGUCUUUGAAAACGCUAUGCAUUCAGAAUACGGAAGAAGUAACAAGUAUACUAAUGGAGAACUGUCCGCAAGCUGUUACCCAAUAUGCAAAGGAUAUUUACACUAAAGAAUCUGAAUGGAAAUAUUUAAUUGAAUUAACGCAAAAUAAAAUAUCUAUGUCGACCAAACGACAAGAUUUGCAUUGUUUGUAUACGCAAAUUAAAAAAGAAAUUCUAAAUUAUCUACCGCGUAUACUAUCGUUAGAUAGUUUGCAUUGUGUUCUUCCAAAAGACGACAUCAUAGCAUUCCAAAAAUGCACUGAAAUGUGCACGCAGAUUAUGCACGCGGAACACGUUAAAUCCUUAAUAAUGGAAACUGGACAGGAACUUCUGUCGACUCUGAAAUUAUGAGCAACAGUUCGAACUAAUUAAUUGUAUCGUCAUACGACGAUAGCAUAGGUCCAAUUCAUUUUAUUAAUAAGAGAAAAACGGUAUAGAUAUCUUAAAUGCAACACAAUAAGUUGCGUUAUAUGAAAAUUAUAUAGA